GUCAGAGGUUAUCCCACUAUUAAAUACUUCCCCGCUGGCAAGAAAUCCAGGGAGGGAGAGGAAUAUACUGGAGGUAGGACGUCGGGAGAUAUAGUGAACUGGUGUUCAGACAGGGCUGCCGAAAAUUUGCCACCUCCAGAGAUUCAUGAGAUCACUGAAGAAAAAGUUUUAACAGACUCCUGUGAGGGCCACCAGUUGUGCGUCAUUUCCAUUCUACCGCACAUCCUGGAUACGGGCGCAGUGGGACGCAAUAAAUAUUUAAAUUUACUGCUAGAUAUGGCAGACAAGUACAAGAAGAAGCAAUGGGGAUGGGUCUGGGCCGAAGCAGGAUCUCAGUUUGACGUGGAAGAAUCGCUUGGCAUCGGCGGAUUUGGUUACCCUGCCAUGGCUGCAUUGAAUUCUAGAAAAAUGAAAUACGCCUUGCUCAGAGGUUCAUUUAGUGAAGAUGGUCUCAACGAGUUCCUCAGAGAGUUGUCUUAUGGCAGGGGUUCAACUGCACCAGUGAAAGGAGCAAAAUUACCAAAAGUAGCAAAAAUAGAAGCAUGGGAUGGUAAAGACGGUCAG